AUUUCUCUGUUUCUUAUACGAUAUCCUGCCUUGUAAUGCAAAAUUGUCGUAUAUUCAAUAUUUAAUCCUAACAAUGUCAAAUUAGUACUUCGUGUCAGCUGAGGGCGCUAGUGACGAAACACAGUGGAGUGGAUAGUCUGUGAGAGCAGCGAUAUAUUUUGUUGGCCAAUUCGUAGUAGCUUUCGCAAACCGGUAGAUGACUGUGAUUUUUAGUCCAUUCCGAGUGAUUUUGAGCAGCAUAGAGUUGUAGGUACAUCGAUGAAAAAUCGACUUCAGGUAAAAACGUAAUUACGCCGAUAAAUGCGGCGUGGUCGGUAAAGGUGAGGCAGCUGCAAUGCCAUACCGUAUGCUUGUCAUGGCGGCAUGGAGGACGAGCAAUGAAAAUGGCCGGAAGAUGCAAGGGGCAGUGGGGAGGGAUGGUAAGGCCGAAUAGAAGGCAGCGGUCCACGCGUUCUCAGCAGCCUAUCCUAGAUUUAUUUCCGUGGAUGUUGCGCAAUAAACGCUAUACUGUUAGCUCACUGAAUGCUACCCCUCGUUUAACUUCGAAGAGAUGCCAAGGGCUAGUGAGUAACAUGUUAAUUGUCAUCGGCUGCCAUUCUUUUCAUCGCAUAAAGGAGCGCGAUUAUGUUCGCCAUGUAUAUGCGCUGUAAUGUAAUUUCUCGCUGUCAAUGUAAUGGAGACUUAGUCAUCCUUGUAUUAUAUUAAUGCACCUCUUUAACGCUAUCCACGUUUUGGCGUUCACAUGGAAACGCUUUCCACACGGGGAAUUUCGAAUGAAAGAAGGCGCACGGAAUUUUUACGGAAGGUUUUUAUCGGUUUUCAAGAAUCAGUAAAUGAAAAUAAAGAGACUGAGGAACUUUAUUUUUCUAAAAACGUGAUUGCUUCAUAUGUUUUUCAUUGCGGAAAACACAUUGUUUCUGUCAAAAAAAAAAUAAUGGGAACGGUAAGAAAAUUGAGACGAUACGAUGACGUAUCUCAAUCGUUAACACAUUUAUCCACGAUAUCCAUCCAGUCAUGUUGCAAGAUAAGAUUACAUUGGCGGGGCAAUCACGAGCCACAAGAAAACGCAAUAAUCUCUAUCAGAAUUUUGACGCGACAAUGCUCGUCGUUUUGCGUGUGUGACACUUGGUAUGGUUUGGAGCGCGCUUCUUGUGUGGGCCGCCAUCUUUACAGUAUACAUACAGGUGCACCGAACAACGUGCAAGCACUCGACUUAUCGGAUAAUGUGAUAUCACUUUUAAGUAACUUCGAGUUAGCGGAUGUUGGAAUGACGAAAUUAAAGUACCUUAAUCUUUCUGAGAAUGCAAUCAGUGAAAUCGGCCUAAAUGCUUUCGAUGGCCUUACGAAUUUAACGAUCUUGGAUCUAUCGAAAAAUAGACUCCAUGAUAUUUCAGAUGAAGUCUUUGAAAGGAACAGAAAUCUACGAAUCUUAAUACUAUCGAAAAAUAAUUUCAAUUCGCAUGUACCGAAAUUACGAUCCUCUUCGUUAAUGGAACUAAGUUUGGAUUCAUGUCAGAUUAGUCAUUUACCUCCAGAUACGUUCAAUGGACUCACGCACGUUCGUCGUCUCGAUCUUUCAAAUAAUUUGAUGAUUCAGAUGAGUACCAUCGUCGUGCAAACAUUGCAUGUUUUGAACAAAUUAUCGUUAGAAGGAAAUCCAUGGUCUUGCAAUAAAAUUAUGUUUGAGUUACAAACAUAUCUCAAUACUAAGAGCAUCGAAUUCAACGAAGUUUGCGGUAAGAAAAUUAACGUAAAAAAAUUCGAGAAAAUGAUUAAUCUUCCCACAAAAUCACGUAGUUAUCAUCAUUUGGCAAAUGCGAGUAUGCUUUUUGAUGAAACUAAAUCGGUAACGGAAUAUAAUGUAUCGAAUACACUGAAGGAUAAAAAUCUGUCAACAUGUGAACAAAUGAUAAACCAAAUGCAUGUUGUCGAUUAUAAAUCUGUAGUAUAUUGGUUUCUUCUUCUUGGUUUUAUACUUGGUAUUUCAAGUGGAGUAUUCAUUUCUUAUAUUUGGUUGUCGAGGAUGUGUUUGUGUAACCGAAGAUACAGGUAUCACGAACAAUUUAACGACGAAUUAAUAACCUCCCAACGACUGUCUUUGCUGGAUUCGUAUUUACAAGGACUCAUAAGUAGCGAUAGAAGUUUGAUAGAAUCUUGUCCAGGUACCCCGCCACCUCAAUAUCGCGAUGUUAUGCUACGACCUAACCUCUAUCCACCAAGAGUAUCGAAUUUAAAUAACAAUGGUAACGGAUAUGGAGAAAUGUAUACAUAACCUCAGAAGGUAACUUAUUGUUGUAGUAUGACAGAGAAAAGUAAAAAUGCACAUCACUACAUUAUUUAUUCAGCAUUGAAGCUUUAAUUUUUGUUACAUUACAUAUUUUUCAUAGAAUAUUUUUUAUAUAUGUUUGUUGUUAUGCAUCGUACAUUAACGAUUACAUCAUUGAGCAAUAACUAAUAAUUAGAUUAAUAGUAAAAUUAUUUAUGAAAAAAGAAAACUGGAUGAAAAAUUUAGUAAAUUAAUUGUCGAUAACUAAUCAUUAAUGGCUACACGUAUAUAUAUAUCUUUGUUACAUUUAUUAACAAGAACAAACACGACUUAUACGUGCAUAUAACAAUAAUGCAAAAAUAUAAAAUCAAUAGCUACAU